AUGCACCCCAUGCACUACGGACCCGCGCCAGAGCCGUCGCAUCCUGCGUCUGGUCUGAGCACGCCCGCCAGCGAAUCGCGCCGCCUCUCCGAUCCUCCCGCCCAUUGGGAAACCAAAACGAGCUGGGACACUGGUUCCUGGGGGCCCGAAGGCUUCGGCAAGGCCCACGAUCUGCCGCCCAUGGAAUUUCGAGAUGGCCCACCCUGGAGCGAAGACGAAGACUUGGCGAGCCCUGUUGUCAGUUCUAGGCACAGAAAGCACAAGUCUUCUGCUGCAGCCUUUGGCGGAACUGGACGAUCAAGGCAUUCCCAGGACGAGAGCAACGAUCUGCUCAACCCAGCACACUACGAGCGAGAGCGCAGCUUCUAUGUUGGGACUAGUGGCGAUGGCAGUGAACGAUAUUAUUUGAACCAGGGAGGGGAAGCGAACGGACCGGGUGGGGAAUAUGUCACCUACCCGCCCGACGAUGCGAGACAUUCCAGCCAUGCAUACCAGCUGGGCGACCUACCUCCUCGGCACUAUGCGGAACAGGAGGCUUACUCGGACGCCUCGAGCUCUGCAUCCUCCCCUGGUUUCCGCGGCGACGACCAAUCGAGGUACUCGCGGGACUACCAGUUCACCAUUACAUCGCCCGACGAGGAGAUGCAUGGCAAGGCUGUUGCUCUCUUUGACUUUGAGAGAGAAAACGAGAACGAAUUGCCGUUAGUGGAGGGUCAGAUUAUAUGGGUCUCGUAUCGACAUGGCCAGGGCUGGCUUGUGGCCGAAGACCCAAAGACGCAAGAAAGCGGACUGGUCCCAGAAGAAUACGUUCGCCUGCUCCGGGAUAUCGAAGGCGGGAUGACCAGCCUUACGGGGAACCUGGGCGAGGGUUCGACUUCUCCAAACGAUGUCGGAACACCAACACAAGCGGAACAUCAACCACAAGGUCACACACCAACGGGUAGUCAGUCUUCGUCUAAUGGCUAUCACCAGCCUGUAGUAUCGACAUUUUCUACUUCUAGCAAAGACUUGGACCCAUACCCCACGCAGCAACUUGGCAUUCAGGCUGGACAACCCCCGCCCCAAGUCGUUCACUAUCAUGGCCAGAGAGGCGGUAGCCAGGCAAAUACGCCUACUUUGGCUUCGCACCAAGACGUCGGCAUGAUGCGCCGAGGAAGCCAGGACACAACGGCGAAAAAGACGGACUCUCAAGUCAGCCCCUUGACGGAGGCGAUUACAGAGAGCAAGCUAGUGGAUCGGUCGAGUACGCCGAAGGCAAAGACUCCCAGCGAGAAGCCUGCAGACCCCGACGCCAUGGACACAGGCCGGUGA